AUGUCGCUCACGCCUAUGGCCAUGUUCGGCAUGGAGGUGCCAGCGGGAGAUGUUGCCAUCGCAGCAAGACCCGAUAUCCCUUCGGCCUUCCGUAUCACGAUGGCCGCGAUCGACCCAAGCGCUGAGCCUGAGGGCGAGGAGGGUGCGAUUCCUCGCGCCACCCUCAAAGUCAUCCGUCAAACCAUGUUCGAUGAAUCGGACGACGAAUCGGACGAUGGCUUCGACACCGAGGAGAUGGAGCGCAUCUUGGCGGAGGAGGCUAGCGACGAGAGCAGCGACGACGAGGAGGUGAAUGGCGGUCCCAGCGACCCAUCGAAGAGCAAGGCGGCCAAGCGCGCUGCUGCCGAGAAGAAGAUCAAGAAGCUGCUUGCGCAGGAUGGCAUGGAUGUUGACGAUGAGUCUGAUGAUGACGAGAUGCCUAAUGGCGUCAACGGGGUCGCAAAGUCGGCGAAGUCGAAGGGUAAGAUGCCCGCCAGCGACUCGGAUGAGGAUGAGGGGGACGAUACCGACAUGGACGGUGAGGAGGAAUUUGAGGAGCUUGUGCUCUGCACGCUCGACACAAGCAAGUAUGCGCAGCUCUACCAGCAGCCACUCGACAUCACGAUCGGCGAGGACGAGCACGUGUGGUUCAAGGUCACCGGCACGCACACCAUCUACCUUACUGGCAACUACGUCGAGCCAGCGGGUGACGCCAAUCGCAUGUACGAUCCUGACAGCGAUGACGAGGGAGACUACGACCUCGAGCCAGACGAGGAUGAGGUCGACGACGAGGAUCUCGAGGAGGUCGAUGAGCUUGAUGACAUGGACGACCCGCGCAUCACUGAGCUGGGCGAAGAGGAAGACGAGGCGCCGGCGCUCAUCGAGGCGAAGCCAAAGACAGAGGCUAAGGCCGCGAAGUCCAACAAGAACAAGCGCCCAGCACCUGAUUCUGCGGACGAAGAUGAGGCUGGCGCUGGUGCCGAAGGUCUUGACGAGAUGAUCGCGAAGGAGGCCGCCGCUGCAAAUCAGCCCACGGUCAAUGGCGAGCCGAAGCUCAGCAAGAAGCAGCUGAAGAAGCUCAAGAAGAACGACGGUGCCGCAGCCGCUGCUCCGGCUGCCGCAAAGGUCGACGAGAAGAUCACUGAACCGCCAUCAUCCCAGAAGUCCGACAAGAAGGUUCAGUUCGCGAAAGAGCUUGAGCAAGGCCCAACUCCAACCAAGGCUCCGGAGAAGACAAAGUCUGCGACAUCAACCGGUGUUAAGACCGUCCAAGGUGUCACAAUCGACGACAAGAAGGCCGGUACUGGUCAGGCGGCCAAGAGCGGCGACCGCAUCAGCAUGCGCUAUAUCGGCAAGCUGAAGGAGGGCGGCAAGGUGUUCGACUCGAACAAGAAGGGCAAGCCAUUUAACUUCAAGUUGGGCUCGGGCGAGGUCAUCAAGGGCUGGGACAUUGGCGUGAAGGGUAUGCAAGUCGGCGGCGAGAGGCGCAUCACCAUCCCGGCACACCUCGCCUACGGCAGCAAGAACAUGGGCGACAUUCCGGCGAACUCGGCGCUCGUCUUCGACAUCAAGAUGUUGGAGAUCAAGUAG